AUUCCGGGUUCUUUCCUUCCGCUUCUGCGGGAAGUGCUUGGAAGUUCGGUGUUGCUUUCCCGAGGUCCAAGCCCCGAGGCAGGCGCCCAGCCGCUCUUCAGGGGACCUUGGGAGCUGCAACUUGAAGGAAUCUCAGGCUGCGGAACCGAUGUCAGCCAUGCUUCCAGAAUCUUCUGUCCAUUGUCAACAGCAAGAAAGAAAGAAAGGAUCUCUGAAGCUGGUGUCAUUUGAUGAUGUGGCUGUGGACUUCAGCUGGGAGGAGUGGCAGGACCUGGAUCUUGCUCAGAGGACCCUGCAUAGAGAUGUAAUGCUGGAGACCUACAGCAACCUCUUGUCCUUAGGACACUGUGUUCCUAAACCUAAAUUGAUUGCCAAGCUGGAGCAAGGUGCAGAACCAUGGAUAAGAGAAGCCUCAGACAAGAAUCUCACAGGUGAGAUAAAUCAUCUUGCAUAGUGAUCUUGCAGCCAGAGCC